AUGUCUUCCACCCCCACCUCAGCAACCCUAACCAGCAUCAACGCUCCCGACGACCUCUGGCACGAACGUCUGCACACGGUCUGCUACAAGCACUUCAGCCACUACGAUGAAGACUUCCAGCACAUGCAACUCUACUGGGGCUGCCUCACCCGUCUCUUCACCCACUGGCUCAAAUCUAAGAAUCUCCCAAUCCCGGACUGGACAACGACUAACCCUCGCCUCCCCGCCUGGGUCACGAUCCUCUUUGAGACGGAUGAAAUGCGCAUCGUCAACAAUACCGAUCGGCUUUUCACGGGUGGUGCCGAUGAAAGUGUGGCAUCCCUCAUGGACGGACUCUACAACCAUACUUUCAGCACAUGGUUCGCGGAAGCCGCGCACGCUCAAGAUCUAGCCUCGUCCUCGUCCUCGUCCUCUGAGCAUGAACACUCCCAUGUAUGCCACCACGACCUCCUCCUCGAAUUCCUCAACUACAUCCUCCUCACCCCCAUCGCCACCUCCACCACAAUCCUCUACGAAGACGAAGCCAUGACGCAAAACGAAAUCCUCUACAACGGAAUGCUCCACUCCGCCUUUACGCUCCUCAAACACCACCGUUACGCCGAGGAUGCGCGGAUUUGUCCCCCGUUGUCCCUCAAUGUCGAUCAUAUCACUGGGAUCAGGGAGAUGGUGAUCCCCUUCAAAAUCUUCCACGCCUUCGUCGCGGCGGGGUGCGAGCUGGAUGAUUUUGGGGAUGCGUUAGCGCAGUGGUUACCUGGGGCGUUGCUUUUGAAGGCGAGGAUGGAGAUUACUUACACUGCAGCGCCGUACGAGGAGGAAGUCGCCACCUCGCCGUCCUCCUCUGGCGAGAAUGAAACGGUGACAGUCAUCAACCCCACCUCCCUCACGUCCCUCCGCAUCUCCGUCCCAGGAGACGAGGCGCAAAGCCACGAAUACCAGGACUUCUUCGACGAGCACAUUCGUCCUUACCUAGAGGGAAGGGAGGUGUUUGUAGAGGCGGCGGAUGUGAAGGAGCGUGGGAAAUGGGAGGGGAAGGACGGUCCGUAUGAGGUUGAUGAGGAGGGAAAUGUUUUGCGGCCGAGAGUUUUGGGGGUGUUGGGGGUUAUUGAGCAUCUGGUUAUGGAGGAGAGGGCGGGCGAGGUGCAGUGA